AUGUCUACCGAGCAGUUCACUGUCCCUCUCCCCACCGCCACCGGCCUCUCUCAGCCUGCUGGUCAACUCAUCAAGGGUGCUGCCCACGAUGAUGGCAAGCUCCGCGAUGCCGCCCUUCUUCUGGGUAUCAAGCUCGACCUCGAGGCCGAGGUGCACCUGACCGCUCGUGUCAAGGGUGAUGUUGUGGUUGGCCUGUACUAA